AUGAAUAAAGAAACGUGUAAAACGUUCGCUCCUUUAAGGAACGUGAUUUCCAAUUCGGACAAGGGUGUAACCUAUCAAUUUACAACUGAUGAAGAUUACAAAAAUUACUGUACUAAUGAAAAUUGUGAUAAUGAUACUGAUAAAAUGAAUGCUAGAUGUUUACAUAUUUUUGAUGCAUUCUUUAAGGAUAAGUCUACGUUUGAAAAUGAUGCAAAAGGAAACAUCUAUAUUGUUCAAUACAUUUUGAUAUGGUUAAGUUAUGUGUUAAGCCUGAUCGAAAGUAAUGAAGCUGGCAAUAGAACGAGUUUUUAUAAUAAAUAUAUAAAUGGUGAUGAGAAGUACAAUAAGAAUAUAGAUGAUGUUACUGCUUAUAAAAAUUAUAAGGAUCUUAUAGAUAAAAAUAAUUAUAUUUUAAGUAUGGAUAUGAGCAUUAUAUCUAAAUUUUAUGAUGCAUUUAUAUUAUUAUGUGACAUUUGUAUUGGGGUUGAUGAAGAUAGGUCAAAUUGCGAUAAUUAUUUAGAAAAAGCUAAAGAAUUUGCUAAAAAAUAUGAUGAGCUUAAUGAAGAUUAUAAUAAUGGUAAAGGCAGUCCCUAUAAUCAAUUAUUAUCUACAUUAUCAAAUGAUUAUAAUAAUUUAAAAAAUGUAUGUAAUGAUUUUCCAUCACUUCCAACAUAUUCACGAAGAUUAGUAAUAAAAAACACACUAAUUUCAAUUGGAUUUAUAUUUGUUGCCGUAUCAAUUUUCUUGGGAAUUGCAUAUAAGUAUUCAUUAUUUGGAUUUCGGAAACGAUUUCAAAAACAAAAAUUAAGAGAAAAAAUAAAAAAUAUAAUGAAGAAAAUGAUUCAUUAA